AUGUCAACCGUCAAGGAGAUCCUUACCCGACGGCCCGUGAUGGCCACGAUCCGAGUCACAGUCCCGGCCGGUGCGGCCAAACCCAGCCAACAACUGAGCCCUGCUUUGGGUCAAUACAGGCUGAACAUGAUGGCCUUCUGCAAGGACUUCAACGCCCGGACCCAGAAAUUCAAACCCGACACGCCCAUGGCGGUCACCAUCACCGCCUUCAAAGACAACACCUUCGAGUUCACGGUAAAGUCACCGUCUGUCAGCUGGUACCUGAAGAAGGCCACCGGCGUCGAGUCCGGCAGCAGCCGACCCGGACACGUGGUCGCUUCUAAGCUGUCGGUGAGGCAUGUGUAUGAGAUCGCCAAGGUGAAGCAAUCUGACCCGUAUUGCCAGUACAUGCCCUUGGAGUCCAUUUGUAAGUCUGUUAUUGGAACGGCUAAUUCUAUGGGGAUUAAGAUUGUUAAGGAUUUGGAUUGA